GCCUCGUCAGCUCGGGUCCCCUGCUCCGCCCUGCUCCGCGCGGCCCGCAGACUGAUGGCCGGCCUGAACGUGUCCCUGUCCUUCUUCUUCGCCACCUUCGCCCUGUGCCAGGUGGCCCGGAGGGCGUCCAAGGCCCUGCUCCCCGCGGGCGCCUACGCCAGCUUCGCGCGGGAGGCGGUGGGCGCGGCCCAGCUGGGGGCCUGCUGCCUGGAGCUGCGGAUGCUGGCGGAGCUGGGCCCCUGGGCGGGGGGCUUCGGCCGCGACGUGCUGCUGACCCUCGUCUUCCUCCUCUUCCUGGCCCACGGGGCGACCUGCGACGGGGCCUGGGCCAACCCCACCGUGUCUCUGCAGGAGCUCCUCCUGGCCGAGGCCUCUCUGCCCGGCGCGCUGCUGCAGCUGGCGGCCCAGGGGCUGGGCGUGCAGGCGGCCUGCGCCCUCACGCGGCUCUGCUGGGCCUGGGAGCUCAGUGACCUGCACCUGCUCCAGAGCCUCAUGGACGCCCACUGCAGCUCCGCCCUGCGCACCUCCGUGCCCCACGGCGCGCUGGUGGAAGCUGCCUGCGCCUUCGCCUUCCACCUGACCCUCCUCCGCUUCCGGAACAGUCUUCCUGUCUACAGGGUGCCCGCCGUGGCCCUGCUGGUCACUGUCAUGGCCUACGCAGCUGGGCCUCUCACGUCCGCCUUCUUCAACCCCACACUGGCCACCUGGGUCACCUUCCGCUGCUCGGGCCACACGGUGCUGGAGUACGCGCAGGUGUACUGGCUGGGGCCUCUCGCAGGUGGCCUGUGGGGCCGUGAAUUCAUGUCUGGAGGGGAGGCCCGGUCCUGGGGAGAGGCCCCCCGGCCCCUGCACUGGUCUCCCAGGCUCCGUAGCCGCACCCACACCCCAGGGGCCUGCAGCCCUCGCACCUGGUGCAGGUGAGCACACUGGACUGCGGGUGUCAGGCCGCGCGCCCCCAGCCGGGUCCCCCCGACUUCCUGGCCUCUGGUGGAGGCUGUCGGGCCAGGCGUCCCUUGGCCUGUGGCCGCUCCUCUGCAGUCUCUGCCCGCCCUCCAGUGGCCUCUGCUGUGAGUCUGUCCCCUCUGCUCCUCCUCCUCGAGGGACGCCAGCCACCCUGGAGUUAGGCCCACCCUUCCCCACAGUGACCUCCUCAGCUUGACGACCUACGUACACAAAGAUCUUAUCUCAAAUAAGGUCACGUUGUGGGAUUCUGGGAAAGACGCGAGUGCGAGGGGUCACCACCAUUCAACUCAGUACGGCCUCCGCCUCCGUAACUGCCGUUGUGGUGCCCAGAGCCACUAGGGUUCCCGUGGGGACUGGAUGGGCAGGGAGGCUGGGGGGUCUGCACCCCGUGUGCACGGGCCCACUCUGCCCCUGUUCAGGGAGGGCCCCACCCCCUGGGUGCUCUUACGGCCCCAAGUCCACACGCCCUGUCUGUCUCCUGCCAGGGUCGGGGUGGGGACCGCCAGGCUGUUUCCAUAGGACGGGGCACCCACAGAGCCGGGCACGCACAGGGAUGGGGCUCCCACAGGGAUGGGCACCCACAGGGACAAGCACCCACAGGACGGGCUCCCACAGGGCCGGGGCUUGGGACGCGCGGCUCCUCGCACCGACUGCCCAGCCUCCUGCGGGCCGGCACCGAGUGCUCCCACCUGGGGGACCUGGCCGCGCCCUGCCGAACCUCGAGGGGUCGCGUCCAAGGGAGCGGGCUCCGUCCAGCCUGGCCGUGCCGGCUGAGGCUCCUGCUCCCGGGUCCCGCUAGCUCCUCGGUGUCGUCUGCGGCAACGGUCUGUCCCCGCUGGUGGCCCGACCUUUGCCGGGUCUCCAUCAGUUUAGUGCAGCUGGGCCGGCGGGGUCUGGAGGGAACCUGGGAACCAGGGCCCGGGGCCCGGCCUCGGCCCCCCGCUGUCUCCCCUUGGUCUCGAGUCCCUCACUCACACCCAACCCGGCCUGCGCAGGUGACAGGUCCCCGUCAGGAGGCAGCUGGGGAGGAAGAGCCGAGCAGGGACCCACGAGGCUGAGGGCGGGCCCGGGCCCCCAAGACAGCCGGCGGGGCACGGGGUUCCUGCCGAUGGUCCCCGGCCCGAGGGGUUGACGCCUGGGAGGGACCAGGCAGGGCUCCCGGGGCCAGGCCUGCAGGGUCCCCGGGCCGCGUGGCCGGAGCCUGCUGGGCCCUGCCGUGUGACC